GGCGCGAGAGCCGCAGGGAAGAGCCGCGCGGUGUAGCCGGGCUCGCCUCCGCGCGCCGAUCUGCACCAUGCCCCGCAUAGAUGCAGACCUCAAGCUGGACUUUAAGGAUGUCCUGCUCCGACCCAAGCGAAGCAGUCUCAGGAGCCGAGCCGAGGUGGAUCUUGAGCGAACGUUCACAUUUCGGAACUCGAAGCAGACCUACUCAGGGAUCCCCAUCAUUGUGGCCAACAUGGACACCGUGGGGACAUUCGAGAUGGCAGCGGUGAUGUCACAGCACUCCAUGUUCACAGCGAUUCAUAAGCACUACACCCUGGAUGAAUGGAAGCUGUUUGCUGCUAAUCACCCCGAGUGUCUGCCGCAUGUAGCUGUGAGUUCCGGCAGCGGGAAGAGCGAUCUGGAAAAGAUGAGCGGCAUCUUAGAAGCCGUGCCACAGGUUAAGUUCAUCUGCCUGGACGUAGCCAAUGGGUAUUCAGAACACUUUGUGGAAUUUGUGAAGCUGGUGCGUGCCAGAUUUCCAGAACACACGAUUAUGGCCGGGAACGUGGUAACAGGGGAGAUGGUAGAAGAGCUUAUUCUUUCUGGUGCGGAUAUCAUCAAAGUGGGCGUUGGACCAGGUUCCGUGUGUACCACCCGCACAAAGACAGGGGUGGGCUACCCCCAGCUGAGUGCCGUGAUCGAGUGCGCGGACUCUGCCCAUGGCCUGAAGGGGCACAUCAUCUCUGACGGAGGCUGCACUUGUCCGGGAGAUGUCGCCAAAGCCUUUGGAGCCGGAGCCGAUUUCGUCAUGCUGGGAGGGAUGUUUUCGGGCCACACGGAGUGUGCCGGGGAGGUGAUUGAGAAGAACGGGCAGAAGCUCAAGCUCUUCUACGGGAUGAGCUCCGAAACAGCGAUGAAGAAACACGCAGGAGGGGUUGCCGAAUACAGAGCUUCUGAGGGUAAGACUGUGGAAGUGCCUUACAAAGGGGAUGUACAAAACACGAUUCUGGAUAUUCUUGGAGGACUGAGGUCUACGUGCACUUACGUGGGGGCCGCCAAACUCAAAGAGCUCAGCAGGAGGGCGACGUUCAUCCGGGUGACUCAACAGCACAACACUGUGUUCAGCUAACCUUGAGGAUGAGGCGACUUCCGGCUCAUGGAACCUUCCACGUACACCUGCUUUCGCACCUCCCACCUCCUGUCACAGCAGAGUUUCUGGCUGCUCCUGAAUGCUGGACUACCGCCUCCUGCUCCCCUACCUGCUGCCCGGAGGCUUUGGGGCUCUCCUAGUGCCUUCCGGGGGCCCGGAAGCCGGGCGCUGACCGGGGCUGUGGCCAGAGCCCAGCUGCCUGGAACUCAUGACCUCACUGUUCAGAUCAACUCCUCUUUUUCUUUUUCUUCUUCUCAUUCUCGUUCUCAUUCUUUCUUUUUC